UAGUUCUUCCGAAGAUUAAUUAAAGCCCAAGAUUUCAAACCAUUACAGAGUGAUAUGAGAGCACUAAAAUUUUACUACAGUCCAUCUCAGUUCUAGCAAAUUUACUAAAAUUUUACAACAAAUACUCUCUCUCUCUCUCUCUCGCUUUCCCAAAUUUGGAAAAAUUAGGGUUUCAACAGAUACUCUCUCUCUCUCUCUCUCUCUCAUCGCCCAAAAUUUUCAAAAUUGUGACAGGUUUCGUCUUAGUUUGAAUCACUCGAUUUCAAUUGCUUUCUUCUUCAUUAAACAAGACACCAUUUGUUACCCCUCAAAUUGGAUUAGAGACGAUGAGCGAUAUCACCGGUGAUCUCUCGGCGGUGAGUGAAGCCAAAGGCGGUUCCGACGCCGCCCGGAUCUCGGAAGUGAAAUCGUGGCUCACUUCUCAGUUCGAAUUCGCCGGUAAAGAAGUCCCUAAUUUCGAGUACACUCACCGGAGCAUCACCCAUCUGUAUAAUCUCGCAACCGUGUCUCAAGCUAAAUCUCAGGCUGCCACCAUUGUCGCCAACGAUUUUCGCCUAAAAGCUUCAGAGUACCGUGCUCAAGCGGCUAGAAUUAGAGAGAUAUUGGAGAGUGCAGGAAUGUCACAAGAGAGUUUACCGUCAAAUGUGGUCUCUUCAGCUCAAGUUCUUGCAAAUGUGGCUAAUUUGUUGAACAUACGGGACACUGAACUGAGCAGUUUCCUUGUAGCAAUGGGAGACAUUUCUCUGAGGAAGACUGGAGUGGAAGAGAAAAGGGCUAAAGCACAAAAGGAGUCCAAUGCUCUUCUUGACUAUACAAGGAAAGCGAUACAGAGGCUAACGUAUUUGAAGAAAAUCCUUGCGCAGCUAGAAGAUGAUGUAGUCCCUUGUGAAUCACAGAUGGAGAAUUGGAAAACAAAUUUGGAAGUAAUGGCAGUGAAGGAGGAACAAUACAUACAGCAGUACAACAAGUAUGAGAUGUUACUCAAUCGUGUUGGCUACACUCCAAAGAUCAGCCACAGAGAGCUGGUAGAAAUGGCAGAGCACCGGAAGGAAUUGGAGAAGAUGACAAAACCUGUACUUGAUACUCUAAGAAGCUACCAGGAUUUACCUCCGGACAAAGCUCUGGCUGCACUAGCAAUCGAAGACAAGAAAAGACAGUUUGCAUCCGCGGAAAAGUAUCUAGAAGAAGUAUUACAAUCAGCCCUUGAGACAAGCGAUGAGUGAUCUUUAUAUAAAAAAACCGGAAAAUAUAUUCUGUUUUUUUUAUUUUUUGGGGGUAUAUAAACGUGCAAGUACUUGAGUGUGUUGCUACAAAAUAGCCGAGCAGAAGAUAAGAAAGUUUUGAGAGGCUAUGCAUUGUUUUGUGUAACUUUACCCUUUUUAAAAUCUCUCAUUGUUUUGAUAUCUCAAGCUGAGAAGAAGAGUAAUAAUGUAACAAUCUUUUUAA